GUGAUUGCAAAAGUUGUUUUUCCAGCUUCCAUUAGGCCUUGUGUGGGAUGGUAAAGCCCUGGAGCUAAUAAUUUUAAUGUUUGUGCAACUCCAGCUUCCAGUAACUCCUGGCAGUGUGCUGGGGGAGAAGAGGAAGUGUAGCCGUGCUCGUGUGCAUUUCCCACCAGGAAUGAUCACUGUAACAAUGAGCUGCUCCAUGCUCUUUGUGUCACAAAAGCACUGGGAAAAAGAGAACGUGGAACCCGCCAAAGUUGUGUAGCCUCUUCAUCGGCUUACUUUCAGAAUUGAAGAAGUUGGGAUUGCUCCUUCAUUCUUCUGAGAAGUGGAAUGUGCAGGUUUGGAGAUGCCUUACGUGGAUCGGCAGAACCGGAUCUGUGGGUUCCUGGACAUCGAGGAGAAUGAGAACAGCGGCAAAUUCCUGCGCCGCUACUUUAUCCUGGACACGCGCGAGGGCAGUCUGGUGUGGUACAUGGACAACCCCCAGAACCUGCCAACUGGAACUGAGAAUGUGGGAGCGCUCAAACUCACCUAUAUUUCCAAGGUCAGUGAUGCAACAAAGCAAAGACCAAAGGCAGAAUUCUGCUUCGUCAUCAAUGCAGGGAUGCGAAAGUUCUUCUUGCAAGCCAACGAUCAGCAGGACCUGGUGGAGUGGGUGAAUGUUCUGAACAAAGCCACUAAAAUCACGGUGCCAAAACCAUCUGAUGUGCAACAAAACUCAGAAAACCAAAAAAGCACCAUAGAGGGUGUUGGUGCCAAAAAGCAGGUCUCCUACAAAACGGAGAUCAUCGGGGGAGUACCCAUUAUAACCCAGACACAGCAGGAGGGAGGCGAUGGUCAAAAUGGAGCAGACAGGGGUGGAUUGAAGAGGUCCCACAGCCAGCUGCCCUACUACUUGGGAAGGCCAGCUCAGGACCAGGCUGUGAUCAAGGCUGGCUACUGUGUCAAACAGGGGGCUGUGAUGAAGAACUGGAAAAGAAGAUAUUUCCUUCUAGAUGAAAAUUCAGUGAGCUACUUCAAAUCAGACUUGGACAAGGAGCCCCUGCGCAUGAUCCCUCUGAAGGAGGUGCACAAAGUGCAGGAGUGCAAGCAGAGUGACAUAAUGAUGAGAGACAAUCUGUUUGAAGUUGUUACUACUUCUCGAACUUUUUAUAUUCAGGCGGACAGUCCAGAGGAUAUGCACAGCUGGAUCAAGGCAAUCUCGGGGGCCAUCGUAGCGCAGCGGGGCCCAGGGCGGUCGGCGGCAACCGAGCACAGUGACCGUCCCACACCCUCAACCUUCUACUGCAGCGACCAGGGCCCGCCCGUCCCUCGCUCGCCCCUCUUUGCAACGCCAGCCUACCUACAGUCCUCUGUUCCCGAGCCCCGCAGCACCUCGACCCCACACCCUGUCCACUCACAGCCUGGCCUGGGAGAACGAGGACUUCAUGAGCCUGCUGCCCAGACCCAGCCUGCAGAGGGCCAGCCGCUCCAGGCUGUCGCUGCAGGAGACACGGCUGUCCAAGUGAGGGACGCCUCCCGCUGGAGAUCCCGAAGGCCUAGUAGCGGCAGCAGUGACGACGCCCCUCUGGAAGCUCUGGGUAUUGAUGAUACUAACCUGCCGGUCAGCGAGGUCUGACCUCUAUCUCUUGCAACCCUGGGUAUGGCAGUGGGCAACAGGUGUGGGAGAUAUGAUUAGCUCCAACAAAAGGGUCCAGUGCCAGUUUGCUUGGACUGGAAACUGAGCAGAAGAAAGAAGACCUUUAGGCUUGGGAAUGGAGGACAUGGACUGGACUAGCUGGGACAACAAGGCAGUAACACACAAAGAUUUACUGAACCCAUUUUCUUUUUGUAUUUGUUUCUUAAUCUGCAUCCACUUUUCAUCUUUAAUGAAACACGAGAAUUUAAGUUAUAAGCUGUUCUUAAAGGUUAAAUGUGAGCUUGAGGAGAGAAAGCCCUGCAAUGCCCAACCCUGCCAGAAGAGGGCAACAUGGGAGACCAAGCUGAAUCUUGCACAGACACCCAGGGGAAGUUAUUGUUCACUUAAGUCUCCCGUACCAGAUACUCUUACUCUAGGGUAGGGGCACAAAGCUAAAAGGUUACCUAAGAGAGCAGCCACACAGAAGAAAGCUUUCAUACUUUGACCAGGUUUUGGCAGGACUUGGUUCAUUUCUGCUAGAGCACUGACCUAUGUCAUGCUGGAGGGCAGUUUCUGACCAGGUUCCUCUUCCAUAUUGUGACUUUCUCCUUAGCUCUUUUCUUGAGGACUUUCCAGACCCCAGCAAGUCAGAUCUAGUAACAUGCUAACAUUUUAACCCAAAGAUGUUCUUUUUUGUAGAUGCCAUUUGCUUUGUUGUUGUUUUUUUUCUUGAAUUGUUGGAAAUUCAAAAAUAUUGCCACACAGAGUGGAAAUACAUGUUUUAGCAGUGGCUGAAAAGCUUAGUGUACCAGUGCACAUAGAUUUUAGUUUGAAAGCUACUACCAGUCUGUUCAAUUCUGUUGGUUUUGUGUACAGCAGUGACAUUAGGUUAUGUGCCCCAUGUUCAAUACUUCAAAGGGAAAAAGGUAAUGAAAUAAAACAUUAUGUGGAAUAGUGCAUUGUAAUUUCACUUGGAUUCUUCAGAACUUUAGAAUCUGCCCUUUAAAUUCAAAAUUGUUCUUCAGUUUUGCCGAGUUUUGAGAUCCGCAACACCCUAAAAACUGGGGCUUCAGUUGACAGUAGGUUACAUACCUAUCAUAUGGCUCCCUAAAAAUGACAGGAGACAAGAGGCUGAGAAUGAUUUUGUCAAAUCAUUGGCUCUUUAUAGGUUUGCUACAGUACUCAUGCUGCAGUAUGUGGCCCAUUUUAUGUGUUGCCUGCUGCUUGUGAUAAUGAGGUUUUUCUCUAUAAUCCCUUUUUCAGUCUCACCAAGUGCUCACAGCUGUUAUUUUCUGAUGGAAUUUAUUUUUAACUUAUUUAUCAAUUGAUUAUAUCUCCAAAGCCAAAUUACAAGAUUUUAACAAGCAACUCUGCAUCUUACUUCAGAGAAAUUGAGUAAAUCUAAUCAUUAAAAAAAGUUUGUGCCCUAUAGAUCAUUUAACAGAUUUUGGUAUUUUUUUUAGUCUUUUAAAAAGUAUUUGUUCAGUUCAGGAGCUUGGCUUUGGAUUGAUUAAUUCCUUGGGGCUCUUGAGAGCAGUUGUUCUCACUCUCCGUUGCAAUGACACUACCAGGGACUGCAGCAAUGUCCCUUUCUGUGAAUGACAGCUCUACAGAUGUGCCUGUCUUCAAGGCUGCUCAAACCUUGGAUUUCAGUCCACCUGAGCUUUCAGUUAAGGAUUGAUUAACACAUGACAAGAUCAAACCUGCUGGAUUUUGGCUCUAGGUCCAGACCUGAGGAGCUCUGCAUUAGCCUGCAAUAACUUGCAGUACUGUUAUUAUUGGCUAGGUAAAGGAUGUAUGUAUUACUUAAUAGAUUCCAUUUCGGAUCCAGUCCAACUCUUUCAUAAUGCAUUUUGGUUUUAUUUUUGCCCUUUAUUAAAUAACCUCUCAUAUAUGGUUCACUGUUUAAGAACAUGAUUCUUGAGAAAUAUGUACUGGAUUGUUGUAUUUUUAUAUACAUGAAUGAAACUUUUAAAAUUUGUUUUAAGUAUAACUCAGGUUUAUAGAUGCCACCGUGCAAAAAUAUUCACUAAAGAUUAAAGCUCUAGUGCACUAACAGCAACAUCAGCCUAUGAAUAGAGACUCACCGCUUAUUUUUCCUAAUGUUUUGCACUUCACCCUUUUAAAAGUGUCAUCUGAGGGCUUGUUAAAUGGUUAAAAGAACAUGUUCCUUAAUCUUUAGAAGAAAGACUGCAAGUUGCAUGUAGGUGUAUUACAUGUGGUAAAUGUUAGCCUCAGUCUAAUGUAUGUAGAUUGUGUGGGUAUAUUUUCUUCUGUAUUCUUUUACCAGUGCAGGUGUUUGUAUGGUUUUCAUCUUGUGCCUAUACUGACUAAUCUAAUGUGGGUGACUGAUCUAGCUGUAUCUCUGUAGUUUCUAAACCUAUGGCCUGUAAUUGUGUUGCACAGAUUAUACUGUAUAGCUGUGAAGUGCCUGCAUUAUUUCUAUAAAAAACAAGCUAUUUUGAUCCUGAUUUUUGAAACUUGUGUACCUGAUGUUCUUAAAUCAUGUAUUAUUUAUUACUUGGAGUAAAAAAGUGCUUGUGCAAAAA